GUAUCACGGAGAUCCAGAUAUGUUUCCAAAGAUCACAUUUGCACAGCUGGGAAUGGUGGCUCGUUGUCGCGAUAUGGUUUUCACAUUUGCUUGCUUUGUAGAUUUUUCGUUUCACCGGUGGCAACAAGCUCUUCUAAUUCAAAAAAUAUUUCAUGUAGUCACUCCUGGGAUUCAUUCAACAUCACCUGCAAUGUCAGCUCCUCAACAUCCGUUCUCUGUUGUGAAUCCUGCUCAAGAUUCAUCACUUUCUGAUUAUCUGCUUGUUGUAGGUGGGACUAAUCUGCAUUCUGAUACCUCUGGUCCAAACACUAGUGGUCUUCCAAUUGGUCCAACCUCUGAUCCUCUAGUACAACCUUCAAAAGUCACUAGUGUCACUCCUCUUGGGAUUAUUCCUUCAUCCUCACCUUCAAUGUCGGUUCCUCAAUCGCUGUUUCCGCUUGUGGAUAACAACAUUCCUUCUCAAGCCUCACCGUAUUCUACUACUCUGCCUGUUGGUGGGGCUCAACAACAGUCUUAUGCAGAUGGUGUUGCAGUAGAUAUGUUCAAAUGUUUAAGGUUCUCUCCAGCUGAUGAUGAGGUUAUCAUAGAAUUCCUGGAACCGAAAAUUGGGAAGAAAAACAUGGGAUUUAGUCUGAUAGUCGAUGGAGAUCUCAACCGAAUAUUAUCUGGAAUGACAGGACCUUGGACCAAAGAAGCAUACCCAUACUUCCGCAAAAACCACUAUUGGUUUUUUGUGAAAAGAGAGCAAGUGAAUACAUGCACUGAUCUGAUUUCGCAGAGAGUGAUUGGCUAUAAUGAUAACUUCUUGGGUACUUGGAUAGGUCAGAAGAGUAAUCCAAUCUACAAGGGGGAUGCCAAGGAACAUCAAUGGUCGAUGAAGACAUGUUCCUUGCGGCGGGAUUCUCUAGGAAACGUUCCAAUAUCUUUUCAUGGCACCAACAAGAUGGGAGAUAUUAUUAUUACCCCAAAGUGUUUACCACGUGGCCUUGGACCUUUCUACAUUUUCUACUACGAUGUAGAAAAAAAGGAAAUUAGAAGGGUUCAGCUUAAAGGAUUUGGAGAUGAUGAAGAUUUGAGGCGUCGUUAUGGAAUUGCAAACAAUAACAAUGGGGUAAACCGAUCUUUCAUAUCAUGGAGACGGUUAGAUGAUUCCUCAAUCAACCUUUACUCUAUUCGUCUGGAAGAAUCAAGAGGUCUCCCUGAGCUUCUACUCUGUUACAGAGACAAACCUGUCUAUCGUGCCUCUCUGUGGAAUGAAAUCAGUGUACCAGAAAUGCAAGUGAAAACUUUAAAGACAGCUAGAUACUCCAACAGAAGCAGCGACAUCACUUCAAGAUUGAUUGUGAGCUACAAAGGCAGCAUCAUUGUGGAUGCUUCACUUCUCUCUAUUAUCUCCGGUGAUUCAGAACCUUGGGACUGUAAAUGCGAUCACAACACUGGCGGCAAUGGUGCUUUGGAGAAUCAGCUGGAGGCUGAAAUUCUUGGUGAGAACAAAUUUGUAGACAGGCAUGUGCCUCCCACUAAAGUUGUUGAUGGUAAAACUUCCCAAAACCUCUUGUUUUCCCAUGGAUGAUGUAGGAGUCUGAAAACGAUUUACUUCUGAAAUUUUUCUACUGAAAACUUUCUUAGCACCAAAAAUCAUAUAUUCUCUUGUUGCAAAUUUGGCCAUCAUUGUCUUGGACUCAAAAUGUACUUGUGAUGCACAAGUUAUUGUUAAGUUGGAUUUUUUUUUAAGGUUUAUGUCACUAAACAAAAGAUAUUGUUUGAU